AUGAAGUUUGCUUGUAGCAUUAAAUUACGGGGAGUAUACGCCGUCGGACUAAAAUGUGUCACGGACAUUUCACCGGACUUUGACAUCACCAAGGUAGAAAAUUUGGAGUUUGGUAUCGAGAACCUUGAGAAACGGUGUUGCACACUUCACGUACUCUACGAUUGUUUCAUAGAAAAUGGCAAGGAGCAGUGCCCGGCUGAUGGUGAUGAGAAAUAUUCAGAUUUGGAAACUAUACUAAAUAACGCCAAAAAUGUCCUGGAUGAUGAUACUUGUAAGGAUCAUACAUAUUUAGCCGAUCAAAAAACAUGUAGCGGGGCAUCAGGUUUAAUUCAC